AUGGCUGCCUUUGCAGCCACACUUGCUGCAGCGACUACUACUAUUGGAGUAGGGGAAUAUUGCAGAUAUAUUUUCUUUAAGUCACCCUCAAGAUUUGGGGAUGUUAAAAGAAAGAAGAUGAUAAAUGCAAUAAUACGAGCGGGUGACAGCGAGUGCAUAGCACAGCUCAGAAUAAACAAGGCCAUAUUCUGCAACCUAUGCUCGGUUCUCAGGGAUAGAAAUCUUCUUUCCGAUGGGAAACAUGUAAGCAUGGAGGAACAACUUGUCAUGUUUCUUCACACAAUAGGGCAUAAUGUUAAAAACCGUGUCAUUGGACAUAGGUUUAUAAGGUCUAGAGAAAUCGUGAGCCGAUAUUUUAGUAAAGCGGUCGAUGCAAUUAUCGAAUUAUAUCGGGAGUUUGUGACACUCCUAAGUGCAGAUACACUGAACGAGAUCCUUUCCAAUCCUAAAUGGAGCACGUACUUUCAGGGUUGCAUUGGUGCAAUUGAUGGGACCCAUAUACCCGCUCACGUGCCGGCAUUGAAAAGUGCAACCUACCGUAACAGGAAAGGGUUCCUCUCUCAGAACGUAAUGGGUGCAUGUAAGUAUUACAUAGUUGAUGCUGGUUACGCCCAUGCUCUUGGAUUCAUGGCUCCUUAUUGCGGUGUAUGGUAUCACCUCAAUGAGUACCGCAUGGGCCGCGUUCUAAGCAACAUGAAAGAACUAUUCAACUAUCGAGCUGGUUUGGUAGAAGAUGAAGUCUCAUCUACAGAUGUAACAGAAAGUAUAGACUUAUCACCAUGCUCAAUUAAUGUGACACAACGUGAGAAGGACGAAUGGGCCACAUUUCGAGACAAUAUUGCUAUGAGGAUGUGGAAUGAAUCGCUUCCUAUAAUUGAAGUUAAUAGUGACGAAGAAAUGUCUCCAAAAGCGUUGAACAAUCAGUCAACCCCCACCAAACAACCUGGCCAGGAGCAAUCUGUCACACUACGUAGGACACCAUGA